GACCAUCAUAUAAAACGGAAAGCUGCCAAAUGACAGAAAUCAACUUCUAGUGCACUUUGUCUGAAUUUUCUGACAUCUAAAAUUAUGUCAUGAAAAUUAUUAGAGGACAGUUAUUGCUGUAUAUUAAGUAAUAUGAUGAAAAUAAAUUACAACUCCAACACCCCUAUCGAGUGUCUCGAUUUCCCUUGCUCAAACGCGUGUCACCGGGGCCACCUCUGGAGCCAAGCCUGGAGGUCGGACUCGAAGGCGAGCACCCAGUGGCUGGGUCUCCACCCAUGGGGCUCGGCCGGGCACAGCCCGAAAGUGUAACAUGGGUCCCUGUUCCCAUGGGCUCACCACCUGUGAGAGUGCCCAUCGGGGGUCGCUGCGAUGUGAGCUGGGAAGUGGCCAAAGGUGGGGUUCUCUUAUGAGAGGUGGGUGGAGUAGGCAACUAUCUUACUCAUGUAAGGGUACUCCUACUUUAGGAUAGUAUGACUCAAGUAAAAAAUAGUAGUGGUCAGAGUACUUAAGAGUAAAAAAGUACUGAAUGAAAAAACUACAAGAUGAUUUUGGAACUUUUUUUGUUUUGCUGUGGGUGACAAGCUAACAACCCCCCACCGAGUCAGAUAGAUCCAGAACUCGUAACAGUUGACAAAUCCAAUGAGUUUCCAUGUUAUUUUAUUGAAGAAAUACAAUCCAUCAGGUCAAAUGUCAGCUCAAAUCAGCAAAAAGAUAGAAUGAUCUCACAUCUGAAGCCACCCAGAGAAAAACUAACUUGUCAGAAUUUGAUACAGUUGACCAAAAAACUGUUGAGAAACCUGUUCAGCAGUUGAAACCAUUAAUGAGCUGUCUCGACUCAAUACCAUCUGACUUUUUCAAAACUAUUGUGAAUUCAGUGCUACCUGAUUUGCAGCAAAUAAUCAAUUGCUCACUUCAGUCUGGCGAGUUUCGCAAAGCUCUUAAAGUAGCUGCUGUUAAGCCUCUUCUAAAAAACAGAGCACUGGACGAUUCCAGCAAGCGAUAGACCCAUCUCAACUCUCCCGUUCAUAGCCAAGAUUCUUGAGAACGUUAUUUUCAAUCAACUCAGCAAUUUUUUUAGUUUAAAUUGACUUUUUGACAAAUUUUAAUCACCUUUCCGAACUUAUCACAGGACAGAAUCUGCUCUUAUCAAAGUGCUAAAUGAUAUGAGUUUGAAUACUGACUCAGGAACGGUGUCAAUUUUGGUCUUGUUGGAUCUCAGCCCGGGUUUUGAUAAGGUAGAUCACAAUGUACUGCUCAACAGAUUGGAAACGUGGGUAGGACUAAACGGAACAGUCCUUAAAUGGUUAGGUCCGACCUGGAGGAAAGGAGCUACUUUGUGACCAUUGGAUGUACUCGGUCUCAGCAAAUGGAAAUGACCUAUGGGGUCCUUCAAGGGGCAGUUCUUGGACCUAUCCUGUUCAGCCUGUAUAUGCCACCCUUGGGUCAAAUUCUUCAAAACUUUAAUUUUGCCUACCAUAGGUAUGCAGAUGACACACAGUUAUAUUUAGCAGUGUCUCCAGAUGACUACAGUUCAAUUGAGGUAUUGUGCCACAGUCUAAAUCAGAUAACUCGCUGAGCCAAACUUUUCAUCAACUAAAGCACAACAAAACUGAGACAAUUGUUUGUGGCAAUAAAGAAAAGAGAAUUACUGUUAGUAAACACCUGGACUCUCUAUCUUUAAAAACCAAAGACCAAGUCCGAAACCUUGGUGUUCUGAUUGAAUCCGACAUGACUUUCAAUAAUCAUAUCAAAUCAAUCAUAAAAACUGCCUUCUACCAUCUGAAGAACAUUUCUAGAGUGAAAUCUUGUAUAUGUCAAGCAGCCCAGGAAAUGCUCAUCCAUGCUUUUAUCUCAAUUAGACUGGACUGCUGGUCUUUUGACUUACUUAGCUUCAUACCACGUGAUUUGUGCUUGUGCUUGUGUUACCAUUUCUGUGUGGGACCAAUAAAGUGCCAAUUGUUGGUAGCCAGAAGUGUGUCUUGUCUUCAUUUCUGAGUGCCUAUCUCCGACGAACCUAUUAAAAUUUGAUACCAAACUCCUGAGCGAGGUAUCAGAAAUGUUUUAAAACAUUUUUGGCGUUGUCGGCAGGAUCGUGGAGAAUACAUUCAGAAAUGGCUUGUUGCUUUAAGAGAAAAAUUGUGAAGGAGGCGGAAGUGGCCUCGAGUUUUAAGGGUAAAACGGAGAAGGGAGCGGAGGUGGCUCCCAAUGAGGAUGGCGUCUCCGACUGGGAGAGCCUUGGAUUUGAAGAAAUAGGGAAACUCCUUAGACGGUACGGGGGACGCCCUAAGCCGUGGAUAGGAGAAAUCCUCUUGGUAACUCCACCGCUGCUACAGCGCAUGUUAAGCAGGGUGGAUGUGAGGGACAAAGCCCCGCUGGGUGGCGUCCGAGAGAUGUUGUGGAUUUUUGCCGAAGCCUGGAAGGAAAGAACAAUGGCUUUGGAUAAAGUGUGCGCUUCUGAAAUGCAAAAAGAUAAAAAGAUAACGCAACUUGAAGAGAAUAUAAAAGCGCUUGAAUCUGACCAAGCUAAAGCGCAGAAAAUCUUAGAGAAAUCAGUGGCUUUUAUUUCUUCUAUGGCGCGCGAGAAAAGUAACAAAAGACCGCGUCGCAUCGACCCAAAACAGGUCCGCUCUUUCGCUGUGGCACUCCAGGAAGACUGGGAGCCAGAGGGAUGGAAUGGCGACAUAUGGGGAGAUGGCGACAUGCAAUAUGGCGGGGAAAUGAAACCUCAACCGCUGUAUCCACAACUUGGACAUCUCCAAGUUAAACCGAUCUCGCGGAGACGGGAGGAACAGCAUGUUGUCUUGCCUGUCUUUGAAGAACAGGGAGAUGAGAAUAAUGUACCUAUAGUUGAUAGGGAAGGAAACCCUAUAAUGAGGCGAAUAGAACAGCCUCAGCCGCCGCCCAGAAUGACGAUAACAAAAGAGGACUUCUCUCAGGAAGAGAUAGCCCAUUUAACAUCAAAGUAUCGACAAAAGCAGGGAGAACCAGCUGAUUCUUGGCUCAGGCGGAUGUAUGAGGAAGGAGCUGACGCCAUAGAACUUGACUCAGAGGACUUUUCGCGAUUUGGAGGCUUGAGUUCAGAUUCUCGAAUGAAUGCCGAGUUUCGUGCAAACGGGAGAGCAAUGGCGGCAGGUGAUUCUUUUUCGCUAUUUGCCUUGUAUGCUAUAACAGCGCAAUCUGUGUAUCCAACGUGGCAUGAUUGGCCCGAGAUCAAAGGGCCUUUGGUAACCAUCCGCGACGCAAUUCACAGGAUGGGGAGAUUGUGUACGCGCGAAUCGAUAUCGCGAGCGGGUCAUGCUUUUAUUGACGAAACAGCAGUGCCAAAGGUGGUGCGUGAUGCAAUGAUUCGAGACGCACCCCCCCACUACAGGUCUGCGAUAUUUACCAUUUUGUUAGGAGCCGUCGAUAACAGCUUCAGUGACGUAAAAACGCGCUUGUUGGAGUUGGCGACUUUGGGAGAUUGGGGAGACACAGUACAUCAGCCUUGCCCUGAGAAUUACAGGUCCGAAACAGAUUGCAAACGACCGCGCGUGAAACCGCCCGAAGCCGGGAGUAGUAGGCGGGAAAUGUGGAAAGCACUCAUUGUAGCGGGAGUACCGGCAGAAGAAAUUGACGGGCUACCCACAAGUGCCUUGGCUGCAAGAUGGAAACAAAGGGGAUUGAAUGUAAAUUGCUUGAGCAGGGGAUCAAAGGGAAAAUCAGAAAUUGCUCAGCUGGCCACCAUCAUAAAGGGAAUGAUGACGCCGGCAGCUCAACCAACAGCCCCUCCCUUGGAUGCAUUUGAGGAUGAAGAAGAGGAAGAAAAAGAUACAGACUCAAGCGACGACAUGCUAGUAGACACAAGAGGCCCCAGCUAUGUGGCUGCUGUGAGAAAGGGCCGAGCGAAACCCAAGAGUAAGGGGAAAAAUAAGGACAAGAGGUCACGUACCUUUGACCUCCUCAGCUAGGAUGGAGGACAAACUCAGUCAACCAGCCAGAACAAAAUUAUCAAUCGAUGGUCAGUUGGGGACAUCAGACCCCAUGUUCAAUUGGACAUGGAAACCCUGAUAAAAUGAAGGGUGAAAAUGUUCCACUGCGAGGAUUGGGGGGACAAAUUGUAAAUGGAAAAGCAGUAAUUCUUCCAUUGAAAAUUGGGAAAAUGCCAAUAUGGAAAUUUGAAGUGGUCGUCACCCCCAUCCCAGAGUGGAUAAUUGGAAUGGACAUCCUGGCUGGAAUGACUUUGUAUUUGAGAAUAGGUAAAUUUCAAUUUGGAACAGGAAUUGAUGUGCAGACAAUAUUGGUGGGAAAGGUAAAAAUGACACCGUUUCCCAUAUCUUUGGGGAAAAUGCAAUCAGGACCUCCUCGAGCUGCGGAAAUUAUAGCUCAGGGGUCUGAUGCCACAGUCAGUGUUUUAUAUCAAGGAGAGGAAAAAUGGGUGAACGUACCCGUGAACAAAUGUUACAUGAGAGAAUACUAAUCAUGUUUUCUUUUGUCAAUAGUGGUAACCAUAUCUGUUGCAGCUUGGUGGGUGCUUGUUGAAGUGGGAGCUGCUGAUUGGACGACCCUCGACGGGAGGACGCAGAGGUGGAGGACAUCCGGCGCCGAGGAAUUGGAAAUGACUGGGUCAUCUGCCUCCUUGCCGUUGGUGCCAUGGUCCGACUCUCCUGGGGAAUGACCGAAGGUCAUGCGUGCGAGACAAGCCAGUUCAUCGGGAUAUCAUCGAGGAACGACUUGGACGGCAAUUGCAGAAGAGGAUUUCACCAUCUGGGAGGUUGGGGAUGAUGGUGACUUGAGGUGGGGGUAUGUGGUCACGGUCAUUCAAACACACUUGACUCCAAUUCUUGACACCUGUACACACCUAGCUCAAGCAGUGGUUGAAACCAAGAUAUACUGGACAAUUCACUUUCCCCCGAUUCCGAUAUGUAACAGAAUAAAAAGGGCAUGGUAUGAUACUUUGUUGGGGGGAACGGGAACCGUAUUGGGAUUGGCAAAUACUGCUGAUAAUGAGGUAACUAGGACCAUGCUGUCCAAUACUGGAGAACACUCUGCCAGGGCCUUGCAUCAAAUAGGGGUUUGCCUUCCUAAAGCUCUGGUGGGACAAAAAGAAAAUGCAAAACUUUGGAAAACAGUGUUUAAUUGGGAUAUCAAAUUAUGCGACGAAGCAGAGAACAUGCUUCAGAACUUGACAGAACAGAGUAGCUGGACAGUAUGUAGUAUUCAAACUCUACACGCUGCGGCUCAAAAGGAGUCGUUUCUAAGGAUAGUUACGUCAGGAAAUUAUCAAGAGUGGCGGAAGGUUUGGAACAUUUCCGACUCUUUGUGGUUGACAUUACAUCCCGAACACACCAAAUGUAACAAAAAUAAAUGUACGGGGUAUUGGACCCAGUACAACGUGACGACAACAAAGGUGGUUUGUAAAUAUCAGGUUUUGCCUGUUAUAACGACAAGUGGAUAUUGGUUUUUACACAUGGACGGAGAGUGGUUUGAACCAAAAACCAACAAAAGCUUUAAAUCAGAUUUAUGUGAUUUAACAGACCAAGGGUUGGCUUGCAGAUUACAACAUGCGUACUCGAAUCCGUGCCUAACCGACUCAGAGGUUGUACUUUGUGAUUGGACUAGGGAGCCAGCCAGAGAGAUGAUGUGGCAAGUUGGACCGCAUACUCUCUGUGUGGCUACAACACAAAAUAACUCACAAGUACCUUCGGUUCCUUUUGUAGGAUGCCUUCAAGAUGUACACAUAUGGCGCUGGGGAAACAUGACGUAUCGUUUGACUAACUAUUCGGAGUCCCGCAGGUUGACUGCGGUCCAGUGGGAGGUACUACGCUCCCCCUGGUCAGUGUCUCUGGAACAAUUCAAAUGCGCAUUGGAGAGUUCUACAGACAUCCAAAAACUCAUCAAGUCACAUGCGUCUAAGAUUUCCAGUCUCUUGGUGUCAACUAUGGUAGUAAAAGGGGAAGUAGUGCAUGCCGCUAAAUUAGUACAACAGGCUUCAGCUUAUCAUUGGUGGGAUAUCUUCACAGGAAUGUCCUCCACUGCGCGUACUACUUUCUUGCCACCCUUGAUCGUGUUAAUGAUUGUUAUUUGUGUGCUUACGCUAUGCAAUAUGGGAAAUAUAUAAUCGCCUAUAAUCAAUUGCUUACAUUUUGAAUGAUGGAAAAACAUCAAGAGUGGAAUGAAGUAAGAAUAAUUUUAUUGUGUUGUUUUUCCAUAAUUAAAAGAUGUUUCGCAAUAGCUUCGUAUAUGUUUCGCAAUAGCUUUGUAUAACCUAAAAGACGAUCGCAAUAGCUUUGAAUAACCAGCAAUGUCAUAAAAGGAUGUUUGGAUAACCAGCAAUGUCAUAAAAAGAUGUUUUUGUGUUAUAUGAUGUCAUGCAACGCCAUCUGUUGGUAACAAAGAAUAGUGUGGCGUCAGGCGGGAUGAAUUGGCCACUCACCCCUCCUUCCGCACACGCUUAGAGUAUAAAAGGAGAACUUUGGAUACUCUCGGUAGAGUCUGCUGCGGGUUGCGUACGGACGCCCAGCCGGUAUUGAAGCUGCUCUACCUGGAGUGUUGGCUCUCCCUCCUAUUGGCGCACGGAGCUACAGAACUGCAUUCUGGUCUGGGUGCCUACAGCAACUCUGACGCCACCUCUUGUAUUGCGCCCACAGUGCGUGCACCACGGUGGGUAAAGGAGGAAGCAGAAGCGCACAAGCGAGGCAAGUCUGCAAGUGUGUGAGUGUGUUUGUGUGUGUGGGGGCAUGUGUGUGUGUACAUACAUAUACGUAUAUACAGCGUCAAACAAACACAUAAAAUUUUCAUUUUUUUGUCGAGAAUCAACAAAUGGCACACAACCGUGAAGUGGAAUGAAAUUUCUUGGAUAUUUUAUACUUUUUUAACAAAUAAAAAACAGAAAAGUGGGGUGUGCAAUAUUAUUCGGCCCCUUUACUUUCAGUGGAGCAAACUCACUCCAGAAGUUCAGUGAGGAUCUCUGAAUGAUCCAAUGUUGACUGAUGUUGAUAAAUAGAAUCCACCUGUGUGUAAUCAAGUCUCUGUAUAAAUGUACCUGCUCUGUGAUAGUCUGAGGGUUCUGUUAAAGUGCAGAGAGCAUUAUGAAGACCAAGGAACAUACCAGGCAGGUCCGAGAUACAGUUGUAGAGAACUUUAAAGCCGGAUUUGGAUACAAAAAGAUUUCCCAAGCUUUGUACAUCUCAAGGAGCACUGUGCAAGCAAUCAUAUUGAAAUGGAAGGCGUAUCAGACCACUGCAAACUACCAAGACCUGGCCGUCCCUCGAAACUUUCACCUCAAACAAGGAGAAGACUGAUCAGAGAUGCAAUCAAGAGCCCCAUGAUCACUCUGGAUGAACUGCAGAGAUCUACAGCUGAGGUGGGAGAGUCUGUCCAUAGGACAACAAUCAGUCGUACACUGCACAAAUCUGGCCUUUAUAGAAGAGUGGCAAGAAGAAAUUUCUGUAAGAUAUCCAUAAAAAGUCUAAUUUAAAGUUUGCCACAAGCCACCUGGGAGACACACCAAACAUGUGGAAGAAGGUGCUCUGGUUAAAUGAAACCAAAAUCGAACCUUUUGGCCACAAUGUAAAACGAUGUGUUUGGCGUAAAAGCAACAUAGCUCAUCACCCUGAAAACACCAUCCCCACUGUCAAACAUGGUGGUGGCAGACUCAUGGUUUCGGCCUUCUUUUCUUCAGCAGGGACAGAGAAGAUGGUUAAAAUUGAUGGGAAGAUGAAUGGAGCCAAAUACAGGACCAUUCUGGAAGAAAGCCUGUUGGAGUCUACAAAAGACCUGAGACUGGGACGGAGAUUUACCUUCCAACAGGACAAUGAUCCAAAACAUAAAGCCAAAUCUAAAAUGGGAUGCUUCACAAAUAAACGCAUCCAGGUGUUAGAAUGGGCAAGUCAAAGUCCAGACCUGAAUCCAAUCGAGAAUCUGUGGGCAGAGGUGAAGACUGCUGUUCCCAAACGCUCACCAUCCAACCUCACUGAGCUUGAGCUUUUUGCAAGGGAGAAUGGGCAAGAAUUUCAGUCUCUCGAUGUGCAAAACUGAUAAGACAUACCCCAAGCGACUUGCAGCCAUAAUUGCAGCAAAACGUGGCGCUACAAAGUAUUAAUGCAAGGGUGCCAAAUAAUAUUCCACGCCCCACUUUUCAGGUUUUAAUUUGUUAAGAAAAAGUUUAAAAUAUCCAAUAAAUUUUGUUUAACUUCACAAAUGUGUUCCACUUGUUGAUUCUUGACAAAAAACUUUCAUUUUAUAUGUUCAUGUAUAAAUCCUGAAAUGUGCCAAAAGGUUGAAAAGUUCAAGGGGCCCGAAUACUUUCACAAGGCACUGUACAUACAUAUAAAGUGGUACCUGUACUUACAAAGUUAAUCAGUUCCGGAAGUCAUUUCAGUUUGGGGAACACUGUUUCAAAGAAAUCUUUCCUUUUGGCUUGCAGUGGAUGAGAUUGUGGUGAUCACGAUCAUUGUCAGCCUGUCACCACUGUUGAAAAUGAAGGAUUCAGGGAGCUCCUGAACCUUGUCAAUGUGUACUUAAAUUUUUAUGUUCACAAUCUUCUGUACUCUGUGAAAGCUUUUUUUUCCCUCCAUCAAAGGCAGGGAAACUGGCGUCUAAGAGGAGAAAUCUAUUUGGAGCAAUCACAUCAAAAACUUUGUUCCUCAAUUAAAAAUGCAUAAAAUAAUCACAUUUUAGUCUUAUGACUGAAUACUUAAGUG